ACACAAGACUUUCAAGCACCAUGCACCUUGUGCGAGUAAUAACUGUAAGCACCUAAGUGAACAUAGAGGAACGAGGUUAAUGAGUUUAUUCAACACACCUGGUGAAAAUAUUUUAAGACUACCUUCUCUGGGUAACUAUCUUGACUGUUACCAGCUCCUUCAGUUAGAGUCCGCAUCAGCAUGAAUGCAAUUUCCAUGCAUUGUUUCAGUCUGGAAAUGAAACAAUUUUCAUUAAUGGAAACCUGGUUCUCAAGCAGAACAAUUAGACCCACUUCAGGUUGAAAAAAGAUAAAAGCAUGCUAAUUUGGAUGGAGGACUCUUCUUUCAAGGCAGCCAAUUGAGUCAUCAGCCUGCCACCCACCUGACCGUCUGACAGCUACUGAAGUUUCUGGCAGUAAAGUCAUCAUGGCAGACCUGGGCUGCAAAAAACCCAGCGACUGUACCGUCUCCAGGCUACUCAGCGUAGUGGAGAGUGAACUCCGGGCUGGGAGAGACAAAGGCGAUCCCACUGAGAAACAGCUCCAGGUUGUCUUAGAGGAUGCGACGCUCUGGCAGAGAUUCAGGGAAGUCACUAAUGAGAUGAUCGUGACCAAGAACGGCAGGCGGAUGUUCCCUGUUUUAAAGAUCAGCGUGUCAGGCUUGGACCCGAACGCCAUGUAUUCCUUCCUGUUGGACUUCGCCCCGACUGAUGGCCACCGCUGGAAGUACGUCAAUGGAGAAUGGGUGCCGGCUGGGAAACCAGAGCCACCAAACCACAGCUGCGUCUACAUCCACCCAGACUCUCCAAACUUCGGCGCCCAUUGGAUGAAAGCUGCUAUUUCCUUCAGCAAAGUCAAACUUACCAACAAGCUCAAUGGGAGUGGGCAGAUAAUGCUGAACUCUCUGCAUAAAUAUGAGCCUCAAGUACACAUAGUUCGUGUAGGAGGCCCCCACCGAAUGGUGAUGAACUGCUCCUUCCCUGAGACACAGUUCAUAGCUGUGACUGCCUAUCAAAAUGAAGAGAUAACAGCUCUCAAAAUCAAGUAUAAUCCCUUUGCCAAAGCCUUCCUGGAUGCAAAAGAAAGAAACCAUCCCAAGGAUGCUCCAGAAACAGCCUCUGAAGGUCAACAUAUGACAUAUUCUCACUUGGGUGGCUGGUUGAUUUCCAACCCAGAUACAAUGUGUGCAUCGGGAAGCUCUAAUUAUCAGUACACUGGACCUUUGUCUCUGUCAGCUCCACACACUCCCCACAGCUGCGAGCGAUAUUCAGCACUGCGAGGGCAUCGGGCUGCUCCGUACCCACCUUCCUACACGCAGAGAAAUCAUUCACCUACAGUUAAUUUGUUGGAGAGCUCCAGCAAUAACCUUCAGGUAUUCUCAGGACAUGACAGCUGGACUUUGCCAUCCUCUCCACAUGCUAAUUUGCUCUCAGUGCCACACACAAAGGGAGCUGCCAGCCCUGGCCCCAGCACUGCUGAAAACCAGGAUCUUGGAAGAGCCACAGAGAACUCUGGUAUCUACAAUCUCCACUACCCUUGCCUGUGGACAGUGAGCAACAGUUCUGUCAAUGUUGCCAACGCAGGAAGCGAGGUGAACAGCAGCCCUUCAAGCAUGUUUCUAAGGGGUAAUGUCCCCUUACCCGCUGCAUCAUCAGUCCAAAUCCCUCUGCAGGGAAUGGUGUCUGGCAGCAUGGAAACGCAAGGGGAAACUGCUCCAGCCAGACUAGCUGACUCUGCGUGGACAUCCUCACACUCCUUUUAAUGGACAGGCAGCUCAUGAGGGAAGCUCAGCCAAACAAGACUGACACAAAUGGCAAACGAUCUCCUAGAAUUGCAGCUCAGAGCAGGGAUGUGUAUGCAGAAAACUGCCUUCAUCAAACACCACUUUCCACUUUCCACUCUUGUGUGCCAGAGAAUCCAAAAUGCAUAAUGCAAAGGCAGAAAAUGUUAUGGGAGCCGGCUUAUUACUGUAACCUUUAUGCGUCGUUCAGCAUGAUGUCCAGAAGGAAUCUUUAUAGUUAGUUUUGCUUCUAUAUCACAUAAAAACUGGUCAGAGACAUGGGACUGAGUGAAGCAGACAUGGCAGCUGGAUAUUCGCAUGCCAUUUUAAAAGUCCUUUCUGUAACUAAUGGCCAAGUCCAGGGGAAAUUGUGAGCAAGUUCGCGACUGGUAAUUUGAAGGGACAGUGCUGCUUUAAAAACUUUCUCUGUGACAUGAAGGUUUUCACAAUACCUGAAACUAAACCCUUCAGAGGAUGAAAUUAGUCUGACACCCUAACGCCACCUGCAUACACCUGUACUCUCCGUCCCCUUCCCUUCUCCAGCUCCUGUUUGCUGUUUGUGUGCUAUAGGGAUAAUGGACACACUCAAGCUGAGAAAGUGGCUGCAUUGUAGCAGCAGGGUGCAGGGCAUCUAGUUAGCAUUUAUAGUCUGAUGUGACAGUCUUUGAAAUGAAAAGUUGCAAUGUUUUCUAUAUGUGCUAUUUUUGAAAGGGUGGAGGGAAAAGAAUUAUAGAAAAAAGAUUCAGCUUGCAUUUCCACUUUGCUUCUGGUAUAGAGUACAAAUAAAAUAUGAAUAAAUGG